AAAGUCUCCAAACGUAGAAAAAAAGUGUACACAUAAGUCUCUGACAGAAACUAGAUACAUUUCUUAUUUUCAUGUAUUAAAAAAUCUUUUUACCUCCUUUUCCACGCAAUUUUUAUAGAAAAUUUAUUGUGAUCAUAUCUAGCUACAUAAAAGCGCAUAAAUAAUUAAUGUGUAAGCCAAAGAUGCUAACUUAUGUGAAGUUUUAGAUGAAUUUUUUUUGCACCCAUUAAAUCGUAAAUAGAAGAAGAAAAGACUUAAUACAGCGAUAUUAAGUUCUUUUUGCAAAAAAUAUAAGCAUUUUUAUCAUCAUAAAUUUAUUUAUAAGUGCUGUGUAAUGACGACGGAGCGUAGAAACAACAAUAAUAAUAUGAAUUGGGAUCGUUAUGGUCUUGAUUCUGACAAUAUUCCACGAACAGCAAGAUCUCGUGUGGCAGCUGGCGGAUUUGUAGAUCUCGGAAAUGAAGCAGAAUAUGCUGUUUCAGGACAUCAGCCUUCAGGUGCCGAUGAAGUCUUUGCCACUGAGCAAGGGGAUAAGCCUUGGUGGCGAUCACAUUUCUUUAUAAGUCAACCAACAUUGUUUGGAAAAUGGGAUGGUGUUUUUACAUCAUGUAUGGUCAACAUAUUUGGUGUCAUUGUAUUUCUUCGAUCUGGUUGGAUUGUCGCACAAGCUGGAAUCCUUCACUCGAUUAUGGUUGUCAUAUGCUCAGUAGGAAUUGCUCUCAUCAGUGUUUUAAGUGCAAUUGGAAUUGUUGAGAGGAUACGAAUGGAAACAGGAGGGGUAUAUUUUCUUAUUGCAAAUACAUUAGGAUCAAGAUUUGGUGGAAGUCUUGGUCUUCUUUAUUGCUUUGGACAAGCUGUUGGAUGUGCAUUAAAUGUACUCGGUUUUGGAGAAUCUUUAGCUGGUCUGAUGGGUCUUCAAGAUGAGCAAUGGAUUGUUCGAGGAUUCGCAUGUGCAGCUGUUAUACUUUUAGGUGUGAUCAAUGUUGCCGGUGUGAAAUGGGUUGUUAAGCUCCAAUUUGCAUUAUUAAUUGUUCUGCUGUUAUCAGCUUUGGAUUUUAUGGUGGGAACUUUUAUCACCGAUCUUGAUGAAGAUGGAAAAGGAUUCCAAGGAUGGGGAAGUGGAUUGUUCUUUGAUAAUUUAUAUCCUGAUUAUCAAUCUGGAAUCUCAUGGUUUACAGUUUUUGGAGUAUUUUUCCCUACAAUUACGGGAGUCUUAGCAGGAAUCAAUAUGAGUGGAGAUUUAAGGACACCAAGUGUUGACAUUCCUAAUGGAACUUUAGCAUCAAUUGCUACAUCUACAUUCCUUUAUAUGGUAUUCAUGAUUUUUCUUGGUUCGACAGUUCAUCGUGCUACAUUAUUAGUUGACUUUACAAUUGCAGCUAAAGUUUCUGCUAUUUCCUAUUUAUUAUAUGCUGGCAUUUAUGUAAGUUCAAUGAGUUCGUGCCUUGGGUCUUUAUAUGGUACUCCUAGAGUUCUUCAGUCAAUUGCAAAUGAAAGUGUAAUCCCCGGAAUCGGGAAGUUAUCUAAAGGAAAAGGACCGAACAAAGUUCCACUUAAUGCAAUGAGCGUUGUAGCUAUCAUAAUCAUUUCAUUCAUUGUCGUCGGAGACAUUAACUCUUUGGCACCUGUUGUAACAAUGCCAUUUUUGCUUACAUACGCUUGCAUUGAUUAUUCAUAUUUUGCAUUAGCACAAACCUUUGAUAUUCAAACGAAACGAGAAGAGAGAUUUAGGAUACAGGCAGCAUCGCCUCUUUAUGAAUCGAGAAAUUAUGGUGCAACUAAUAAUCAACAUGAUGAGAAUGAUCUUGAUGUUUUGUUUCCGGAAAGAACGAGACAUAAAAAUUUAUCUAGUCCUGAGAAUACUCCUUACCAUCAACAACGUGUACCUCAGCCACAAGUGCAACAGCAACAGCAACAACAGCAAUACAUUAAUGAACACAAUAAUACAAAUACGACAGACAAUAAUACAACUAAUAAUGAUGUAGAUCCAAUUAUAAAUACAGUAAAUAGUAAUCAUGUGGAAGGUGAAAAUGAAGAGAAUGACGAUGAGCCAAUUGCACCAAUUCGUCCACCAAUUCAUCAAAAAACGAAGAACUGGUACAGUGGAUUUUGUAAUCGAUAUUGCUCACUUGUUGGUGCUUGCAUCAAAAUUUUCAUCAUGUUCCUCGUCAACUUUUAUUAUGCACUCAUUUGUAUAUUCGUUGUUGCCGUCGUUUGGUUCUAUGUUGGAACUGCAAAUCCAUCUUGUAAUCCUGGAAUUGCUGACGAAUUUCGAUUGUUUGUAUGGCUCAAAAAUGUUAUUUUCCAAUGCUUCGGUAAAAAAGUUCAUGAUUACGAGCAAGUAAUCGUUCAGCCACAUGUGACCGUAAAUCUAACUCAAACUCAAUUGAACGAAGAAAAUGAAGAUUUUUCAUCAAGACGUCGAUAUCAUCAAACUGGGACUGUUACAGGACAACUAAUUGAUAUUUAAUUGUCGCACAAAAUAUGGUAGCUUAAUAACAUUCUUCUUAAAUCAUUCUUGUUAAAAAUUUCAUUUUAUUUCUUGACUGUUGUAAAUAAUCAUUAGAGAUUUUUGAAUUUUUUUAAUUAUUUUUAUAUUUUAAUGACUAUUUAGAAGAAAACUUAAUUUCCAUCCCACUUUUUCGUGAAUCUGUAGAGAAGAGUCAGAAAACAAAACUUUCGACAUCCAAUUAAAAAUUAAAGAGAAGAAAUAUUAGAGUGCCUUUUAUAUCUUCUAAAUGUCUAUUCAUUACACAUAUUUCUUUUGAUAAUCGCUUCAAUAUCAACUUAAUAUCAUUAAAGAAAAUCUUCUUUCACUCGUAUUUAACGGACAUAUUUCAAUGAGACAUAAAAUAUUUUCUAUUAUAGCGAAUAAUGAAAGCAUUUACCAUAAAGAAUCCUAUUGUUUUCCCAUCUAUAACUUUUUUUUUGACUAAUAUUAAACUUACCAAAUUGGAUUGAUUCAUGAGCAUAAAGCUGUGUAUAUAACAUGUAAAAAAUAAAUAAUGUUAACCAA